AUGCGGAUCCUUCCACGAGGCUUGAGAUGCCAAGUGCGUCAAUUAGACGGAAAGAAUUACGUGAAGAAUCACUGGGCAGAGGCGCAUUUUGCGACCGGAUUGCCAAAAUCUAGCGACCACCUUAGGCAAGGACGCGUGAACAACGGAGACGCCGAGCUGGGCGCUUUGAGCUUCACAUGGAGAAGCUUCGCACGAGACGGUGGGCGUGUUGGCCAAGUGAAUCGGCGAGAAGCUUCGGCGGCGAAGAAGAGUGCGUAUUUGGGUUUUGAAGUCCUCAGUUCCGGCAAAGGUGCGACGAAAUGUUUCUUGGCCCUCCGCUCGUCGGCGCCCAUCGAGCGGGAGUUUACCGAAUCAAGAUUCAACGCAUGUAUCAACAAUGCGCUCAGACUUUCGAAGAGCGAACGUGCGGUGUCUCAGCGGAGAGAUAACAUUUAUUUGAGGACAUCGGACAAGACUCUGGGCGCGUAUGCAGAUGCAAUAGAACCGAUACCCGAUGGUAUCCGAAAGCCCAUUCUCCGCAGGAUUGAAAUUCCGACCCGAGCGGUUCUCCUGGAUUUUCAGGAGAAUGAAGAAGUGCACUUGGCAAAAGAGGAGGUGCUCACUGUGUUGCUUGGGUGGAAAGUAAUCCUACUUGGAUUAAAGCUCCUUCCCGAAGCUGGACCUCCCGAUGAAUGCUUGCCGAAAGGAACCAAGACCCAGAAGGCACUACAUGGAGCACAUCAGGUCAGUCCCACAGCCCACUUCUCCGAAGACCCCUCUUCCUCACGAUUCAUCGGUGUUUGUUCAAUUCAAUUCAAUACCCUCUAUGUGCAUUCCUACCAUAGCACUCAUUCUUCCUAG